ACCGGCCCAGCCAACAUGAGUUUCACGGUAGAGCAUCACUUCAUGGGCCCGAGCUCGUACCGCAAGGCUCGGCCCGCCUCCGUGUCCUCCAGCGGCUUUCACUCCCAACGCCGCCGCCUCACCUACAGCCAGCCAUCCUCAAUCGACAGCUUGGAGACCUUUAACGGCGACAUGACUCGGAAGAGCGAGAAAGAGAUCCUGCAAGCUCUGAACGACCGGUUCGCCGGCUACAUCGACAAGGUGCGUAACCUGGAGAUGCACAACCGCAACCUGGAGGCGGAAGCGGCGGCGCUGCGGCAGAGCCAAGCCGGGCGCGCCUCGGUCGGGGAGCACUACGAGCGGGAACUGGGUGACCUCAGGGGUCUCCUGCAGCAGCUGACCGGGGAGAAGGCCCGCGCGGCUGUGGAGCACGAGCACUUGGAAGAGGACAUCCAGCACCUGCGGGUCAGGCUGGAGGAUGAAGCGCGGAACCGGGAAGAGUUGGAGGCUGCCGCUCGCGCUAUGAAAAAGUACGUCGAGGAGUGCCGGCUGGUACGCCUGGAGCUAGACAAGAAGCUCCGUGCGCUGGAAGAGGAGGCCGCUUUUCUUAAGAAGAACCACGAGGAAGAAGUGGCGGAGCUCUUGGCGCAGAUCCAGAACGCGCAGGUGAGCUUCGACAUGCGGGACACCCUGAAGGCGGACGUCACCACCGCACUGCGAGAGAUCCGCUCGCAGCUGGACAGUCACGCAUCCAAGACCUCGGUGCACGCCGAGGAGUGGUUCAAAGUGCGCAUGGAGCGUCUGUCCGAGGCUGCUCGGUCUAACCAGGAUGCAAUCCGUGGAUCCCAGGAAGAGAUUGCAGAAUACCGCCGCCAGCUCCAGAGCCGCACCAUUGAGCUGGAGACUCUUCGAGGAACCAAGGAGUCACUGGAGAGGCAGCGUAUAGAGAGUGAAGACAGACACCAAGACGACCUCAGCUCACUACAGGAAACCAUCAAUCAGCUCGACAACGAGUUAAAAACUACGAAAUGGGAGAUGGCUAGCCAGCUAAAAGAUUACCAGGAGCUUCUGAAUGUGAAGAUGGCUCUGGAUAUCGAAAUUGCUGCUUACAGGAAACUACUGGAGGGAGAGGAGAAUCGCUUUGUGUCAGGUGGAGGCCCAUACUCCUACCUGGAAAGCAGAAUCUCUGCCCACUUGAAAGUAAAAGGAGAAGAGAUCUCUGAUACAGUCAUUGUAGAGGAACAGACAGAUGAAACACAGGUGACAGAGGUGACAGAGGAAGCAGAUGAAGAUGAGGAGGAAAAGAAAGAAGAAGAAGAAGCAGAGGAAGGAGAGGGUGAAGAAACCAAAGAAGAAGAGGGUGAAGAAGAAGGUGAGGAAGAAGGAGAUGAGAAGCAGGAAGGAGAGGGAGAGGAAGAAAAAGAGGAGGAAAAGGAAGAAGAGGGAGAGGAAGAGGAGAAAGGAGAGGAAGAAAAGGCAGGUGAAGAAGAAGAAAAGUCCAAAUCUCCAGAAAAAGCUGCUUCCCCUCCUUCAAAAUCUCCUCAAUCUAAAUCUCCUACUGUCAAAUCACCAGAAUCUAAAUCGCCACAAAAAUCACCAGAAGCCAAAUCCCCAAUGCCCAAAUCACCUGCCAAGUCUCCUGCAGGAGAUGAGUCAAAGUCACCUGUGUCAAAAUCCCCACCCAGCAAGUCUCCUGAGUCCAAAUCUCCUCCUCCCAAGAGCCCUGAACCAAAGUCUCCAGAGAAGGAGAAGGCCAAACCAGUUUCUGCCAAAGACACCCCUAAAGAGGAGGAAAAAGAGGAGAAAAAAGAGAAGCCUCAGCCUGUCAAAGAGGAAAAGAAGGAGAAAGAGCAGCCUGUGAAGGAGGAGAAGAAGCAGGAACCCAAAGAGAAAGAGCCAGAGAAGGUGGACAAACCUGAAACAAAGAAAGAAAGCAAAGAAGAGGAAACACCAAAAAAGGAAGAGGCUUCAAAACCUGUAACUCCCAGCAAGCCUGCUGAGGACAAGCCAGCCCCCAAGUCUGAGGCUAAAGAGAGUACUCCCCCUGCCAAGGAGGAGGAGAAGCCCUCUGCUCCUAAAUCAGAGAGGGCCGAGCCUGAGGCAAAGCCAGCUGCUAAAGCAGAGCCUGAGAAAACAGAGAGCAAGAAGGAGGAGAAGAAGCCAGAGGAGAAGAAACCAGAGGAGAAGAAGCUGGAUGAGAAGAAGCCAGAGGAGAAGCCUAAAGCAGAGCCUGAGAAAAAAGAUAGCAAGAAAGAGGAGAAGAAGCCAGAGGAGAAAAAGGAGGCUAGUAAAGAAGAGAGUAAAGAGGUGAAGGAAGGAGCAAAGAUGGAGAAGGCUGAGAAAUCUUCUGGCACUGAGUCAAAGGAAAGCAAGGAGGAGAAACCCAAGAAGUAAGACAAAAAUGCUGCGUUUCAGGGCUAGAGGAGGAGAUGCCAAAGAUCUGUGAUGGAGGGAGGUGAGGAAAGGGCAAAAAGUGACUGAAGAGAAAGAGAAGCUGGAUGUACCCAGCAGUUCAGAUGGGCAGUAAAAUGCCCAAAGCCAAGCAGGUAACAGUAUGUAAGCAAUAGUGAUUUCUGUAGCAAAUACCCCCCCUGCUCCCUACGUAUGGCCAUUACAUGCCCCUGAUGCUUCUGAUGUAUGACUGUAGUGAAUGCAGAAUGCUCUUAAACUCUUUAUCUGAAUGUGACGACUGCCCUUAAUCAAUAUCAAGUGCAUUUAAACAGAAUUCCCGCUGAUGGGGGCAGGAGGACCCUGCUGCACCUACGCGAGCCUUCAAGGGUAGAGAUGUCAAACCAAUGUCUAGCUAAAGAUUGUCACAGAUAUUGAAUAUGAAAACGUAUAUUUAGGGAAACACAAAUGUUAUAUUUACAAAUGAAUCAAUAAGAAAGACUUGAAAUUUGCUUGUUGUGCACCUUAAUGCAGCUUCUCCUUACAGGUGAACUGGAGUGUCUCACUCUUCUAGUCUGCAGUGUUAGGACAAUGAUGACUGUGCUCUGUAUAAACUGCUGAGAAUAUGCAAUAUGAAACACAAAAAUAAAGAAUGAAAAAUGA